AUGACAGAUGCUUGGUCUGAUAGAAAGCGGCGGAGUAUAAUGAACUUAUGUGUUAAUUGCAAACUUGGCACAACAUUCUUAUCUUCUAUCAAGAGUUCAGCUGAUGCUCAUACAGGAAAAUAUAUCUUUGAUUAUGUGGACAAAUGGAUUGAAGAAGUUGGUUCGAAAAACGUUAUUCAAGUAGUAACGGAUAAUGCGUCCAAUAAUAUGGCAGCUGCAAAACUCUUAAAUGAGAAGAGGCCGUACAUCUUCUGGACCUCUUGUGCUACACAUACAAUGAAUCUCAUUCUUGAAGGAAUAGGGAAGAUGCCAAAGUUCAAAUUUGUUAUUGACAAGUCUAAAGAGUUGACGAUAUUUAUCUAUGCUCAUCACAAGACAUUGUCCUUGAUGAGAAAGUUCACCAAGAAGAGGGAUAUAGUGAGGCCUGGAAUAACAAGAUUUGCUAGUUCCUUCCUUACUAUGCAAAGUUUGCUGGAGAAACAAGAAAAUCUGAGAUAUAUGUUUCUUUCCAAAGAAUGGCUGGAAUGUAAAUGGUCUUCAACUGCAAAAGGUACUAAGAUAUAUAGCACCAUUGUUAGCCAAACCUAUUGGCAGGCUCUUUCGAUGUGCGUGGAAAUUUUUAAGCCUUUGGUGAAGGUUCUUCGACUUGUUGAUGGGGAUUGGAGACCAUCUAUGGGCUUUGUGUAUGGUGAACUUAAGGAUGCUAAAAAAGAAAUCAUCCGUAUUUGCAGAGGUGCAGCAGAUAUGUACGAACCCAUUCUUGAUAUCAUAGAGUCCAAAGCUAAAGGUCGACUUGACUGUCCAUUACAUCUUGCUGGCUAUCUAUUAAAUCCCUACUUUUUCUAUAGAGAUGAUGAAGCUCAAACAGAUCCAAAAUGCAUGGAAGGUCUACUAACUUGUGUUGAGUCCUUUUUUCCCGAUGAUUAUGACAAACAGAAUUUGAUUCAUACGAAAAAAAGAAAUAGACUCGAUGCUAAUAGAAUGAGAGACCUUGUGUAUGUUCAAUUUAAUUCGAAACUUCUCAAUAAAAAGAAGAAGAGGGAAGCUCAUGAUAUUUUAUUAGCCGAUGAUGCUAGCAUGGCUCAAGCAUGGAUUGUAGAAGUAGAUGAAGAAGAUGUUGAAUCUCAGGGGUCUACUAGCAUUGCAGAUGAUAUAUAUCGAGAUCUUGAUGAAGAUAAUUUUGAAUCAGAUGAUGAAGAAGUUGUUGAAAAUAAUAAACUAUUAGCGCAACAAUGA